AUGGGGUCUGAAAACAGGAGGGAAACCUCCCAAAAUAUGACCUCUCUGACCCGUACUACGGGACGUACUUGGCAAUUCACUUUACGUUACGUACUACGGACUGUUGGCCACGCUGCUCCCGAGCUAGUUGAAUACAUGGUAAGUAAUGAAGAUCCGGAUCUCAUUGAGACGGGCAUCUCCAUCGAGGGUAUUGCUGCUUUCCUGCAGCGUGUAUUGCAGUUUGGAUAUAAUGAGGCCCUGAAAACUCUAUACCAUGUACUUCUCGUAGGGAAACUCUCCUUCACUUCGUUGUCUGGAAUUAUCUAUACAACCCCUAACCCAAUUAUGCCACUUGCAACUAGGAGCGAGUUCCGCUUGUCACUUCAGAGAGUGGUAGUUGUCUCCUCAGUAUGUAAACUUACAGAUCCAUUCAAAAUCUUCAGCUUUAUGCUCCAGUUCCGUGACAAAGCCCUCUUGAAUCUCUCUGAAUACGAAGAUAGGACGUUGUUCAAGAUCGAUGAGAAUGUGAUGGCAAUAUACGUGUUGGGGUUAUCCAUAUCUGAAGGAUGCAUGGAAGCAAGGGAGUGCGAUGUGGCUGCAGACGUGUGCAAAGACCUAGAGACGAAGUCAUCUGUGGUUGUAAUCUGUACGGCUUCGGCAAUUCUGAACCCAAAAUGGAUUCCGAAAGUAUGCGCAAUGCUCGAAGAAAAUAGGUACCUACUGGAGAGAUAUUAUGGUUUUACUGUGGCAAAAAGGAAAACCGCUCGAAAACUAAAAUAUCUUCUAAUGUCACCUCACAAUCCACAAGAUACGUGCAUAUAG